CAUUUGAUAUGCCGUCAUGUACAUUUGAUAUGCCGUCAUGUGAUAUGCCGUCAUGUGAUAUGCCGUCAUGUGAUAUGCCAUCAUGUGAUAUGCCGUCAUGUGAUAUGCCGUCAUUUGAUAUGCCGUCAUGUACAUUUGAUAUGCCGUCGUGUAAUAUGCCGUCAUUUGAUAUGCCGUCAUGUGAUAUGCCGUCAUGUGAUAUGCCAUCAUGUGAUAUGCCAUCAUGUGAUAUGCCGUCAUGUGAUAUGCCGUCAUGUGAUAUGCCGUCGUGUAAUAUGCCGUCAUGUGAUAUGCCGUCAUUUGAUAUGCCGUCAUGUACAUUUGAUAUGCCGUCAUGUGAUAUGCCGUCAUGUGAUAUGCCGUCAUGUGAUAUGCCAUCAUGUGAUAUGCCGUCAUGUGAUAUGCCGUCAUUUGAUAUGCCGUCAUGUACAUUUGAUAUGCCGUCGUGUAAUAUGCCGUCAUUUGAUAUGCCGUCAUGUGAUAUGCCGUCAUGUGAUAUGCCGUCAUGUGAUAUGCCAUCAUGUGAUAUGCCGUCAUGUGAUAUGCCGUCAUGUGAUAUGCCGUCAUGUGAUAUGCCGUCAUGUGAUAUGCCGUCAUUUGAUAUGCCGUCAUGAUCACAACCUGUCAUGUAAUUUUGUGAGUAAUUUUAAACUGUUCUUCAUGUAG